AUGAGAUCGCUCAAGUAUUGGGCGGCAGUUCUGCCGGUGCAUUUCCUGGCUGUUCUUGGAGGAGGAGAAUGGGAAGAAUGGGGAACAGCACCAGAGGUGGAUGUCAUCGUGACGGAGGUCGUGACGAGGACCAUCACCAUCUGUCCUCUCACCGCGCUGUUUACUUGUGACGCCGACCUUCCUACCAGCGCGACCACUCUCGACUCGGCGUCUGAGACCGGAUCGACAACGGUGGUUGCAACCACUACUUCCGAGGGAAGUGGUACGGGUUCUGGUUCUUCUGGUUCUGCUACGACGACCGGGACACCAGAACAACCCGAGUCCACCACCUCCGGGUUUGGCGGCGGAUGGGGAGAGUCUUCCAGUUCCAGCUCCAGCUCCAGCCUGACGACGACCACGACACCAGAACAACCCGAGUCCACCACCUCCGGUUUUGGCGGUGGAUGGGGAGAGUCUUCCAGUUCCAGCUCCAGCUCCAGCCUGACGACGACCACAAGCUUGCACUACGGCAACGGAACCACCAGUUCGCUUUCUGGCAGCAUGUCGAGUGGCAUUUCAAGCACCAUCUCGUCCGGCACGCUCUCGACCACCACCUCGUCUGGCAUCUCAAGCACCAUCACAUCCGGAUCGCUCUCGACUAGCGCAUCGGGUAGUAUCUCAAGCACCAUCUCGUCCGGCACGCUCUCGACCACCACCUCGUCUGGCAUCUCAAGCACCAUCACAUCCGGCAAGCCCUCAACCAGCGCCUCGGGUAGCACCUUGAGUGGCAUCUCCAGCACCAUCUCGUCAGGCACGGUCUCGACCACCAUCUCGAAUGGCACCUCGAGUAGCACCUCGAGUACAAUCUCAUCUGGCACAUCGAGCACAAUCUCGUCUAGCACGCUCUCGUCUAGCACCUCGUCCGGCAACUCAAGCACGAUCUCAACUAGUACGCUCUCGACCAUCACCUCGUCCAGCAGUACCACCACAAGCUCUCUCUCGCAGACAACCUCGAGUUUCUCGACGACUUCUAGCUGCGCCAGCACUCAGACGGUGAGCAGCAUCUCCCAACCCUCCUGCAAUGACGCCAGCAGCCGUAGCCAAUGGCUGUGCGGAGACAAGUCGGUUGACGAUGACACCGACAAUCUCUUUUUCUCUGGAGAGACGAAGCAGUACAGCCUGACCAUCCACGCCCAAGACAUUGACUUUGACGGCACACCACAACCUGCCUUUGCCAUCAACGGGAAGUCCCCCGGUGAUCCGAUUGUGGCCAACUGGGGUGACAUGGUCGAGAUCACUGUCUUCAACGGACUGGCUGAUAAUGCCACCACCAUCCAUUGGCACGGUGUCCGACAGUACGGCACCAACGACCAAGACGGUGUCCCUGGGAUCACUGAGUGUGCCAUCGCCCCAGGCACUUCUCGAGUCUACAAGUGGCAUGCGUCCACGUACGGGACCUCAUGGUACCACUCUCACACCUUGGCACAGUAUGGCGGCGGUAUCCGAGGUCCCAUCAUCAUUCACGGCCCUGCCACUGCCAACUACGAUCUCGACAUGGGUUCCGUCAUGAUCCAUGAGGCUUUCGGCCAGACGAUCUUCCAGAUGGCUUACAACAUCGCCAGAGUCCGCGGUGCGCUGCCACCGUCGACCAAUUACCUCCUCAACGGUAAGAACCAGUCUCCGGAUGGCACCACGGGUGAGAACGCGAAAUGGGUUGUCAAGAAGGGCAAGAAACAUCUCUUCCGCAUCAUCAACAGCUCCGCUCAAUCCGCCUAUGCUGUGCACUUCGACAACCACCAGAUGACGGUCAUCAGCGCUGACUUCACCCCGAUCGAACCGUACACGACUGAUGUCCUGUACAUCCAAAGUGGUCAGCGAUACAACGUGAUCGUCGAGAUGGACCAGCAGCCCGAAGGAGCAUACUACCUCCGAGCAGUCAUCCAAACCGGCUGCGGCGAAACCAGCCUGAACACCGGACUCGGCACAUCCAACGGCAUCUUCACCUACGAAGGAUCAUGCGCCACUCCCACUUCGGGCAAUUUCACCCUCAGCACCGCCGGCGACUGCAAGGACGAACCGCUGGCCAGCCUUGCGCCCCGCGUCAAGAAGGACGGCGGCUCGACCAGCGCGUUCCAGGACACGGUCAAGCUCCUCCCCGGCGGCAACGCAGGAAGCCAGACCUUCGAGGGCUACGGGUCCGUGGUGCGAUGGUUCCUGGGCCCGCUCGGCGACCUGGCCUCGAACAGCGCCACUCCCGCCGCCAGCAAGGCCAUCAACGUGACCUUCAACCAGCCGACGCUGAAGACGCUCGCGACCCUGCCGACCCUGGACUACAACAGCUCGUUAUACUCGAACGCCGCGGUCCUGGACGGCCCGGCCGACGAAUGGGUGUACUUUGUGAUCCAGAACAACUUCCAGACCUCGCACCCGAUGCAUCUGCACGGCCACGACUUCGCCGUGCUCGGCCAAGGCCGCGGCGUCUUCACCGCCGACAUGGUCGACCAGCUCAACUUCGACAACCCGAUCCGCCGCGACACGGUGCUGCUCUUCGGCAGUGGCACCCCCGUGGCCUUCACUUCGGGAUGGACCGUCAUCGGAUUCCCCACCGACAACCCGGGCGCCUGGCUCAUGCACUGCCACAUCAUCUGGCACGUCGACGGCGGCAUGGGCCUGCAGUUCCUCGAGCGGCCGGACGACAUCGAUGCCGCCACAUACUACAACUCCGCCGGAUUCCAGGACGAGUGUUCGGCCUAUUCGUCCUACGAGGCCUCCGGGGGCCCCCUCAAGGCCCCCUACGAGGCGGGCGUCAAGAGACGCCACGUCGCGGAUCGUGCGUUCCGCGCUCAUCUCCAUGGGAACUCUAUUCGUCGUUUCUGA